CAAGAUUCAGAGGAGUUUUGCGCAGACUCUUGGCUGUAGUUUCUAGCUGAGCUUGGAGCAGGCCGUAGUAACACGAGCUGCAUCUCGCAACUAACGCACGUUCUACGUUUUGACGCGCCAUAUCUUGAGCCCGUGGUUGACCAACCGCUCUGCUGUCCGAGCUGACUCACCUUUGAGCCCCCUCUCGUUAACUGCUGCUCGUAUCAUCCGACGCUGCACACAACGACCUCCACGGGACCUCUCCUCGUUGGUCUGCCCGCACCCACGCAUGAGUUCCCGCAUCACUCAAAAUGUGGCCCUGGUUUUGCCACUUGAGUACCUGCUUCACAGGUCGGCGAAAUCCCGUUGGCGAUAUAUUUUGCGGGGCGAGAUUCUGACAAGGACUGAACCGCCUCGGGCUCUUUCACCGCGCGCCAUAUCUUUUGGAAAAAAAAAAGGGACAUACUUUUUAGGGGCCUGGAAUUGUAUCGCUUUUGGGCUUCUCCAGCCAACCCCUGCUGACUUUGGUGGAGUGUAGCUCUAGUAUUCCUGCGGAGCGGAAUUCCAUUCCGUAGCGCGGCUUGCCGCGUACAGUAUUGUAACAGUGAAACAGGUCAGCUGCUCGCGUUAUCUCGCUUUACGUGUGGCUAGCAUUGUAGUGGGUUUUUGUGCUGGGUACGGUGCACCACGCUGCUACCUGAGUUGACUCAGCUGGCUCCAAAGGCAUUCCCAUGGAUGUUGGCCGUUCGUUUACUGCAGACUGCCCAACUAACUGCCCGCGCUGCAACGUGCAGACGUUCGGCUGCGACCGACGCCCCCAAGACGUUCGCCGGAGCAAGGUGUUUGCGCUCAUCCCACUUUCUGAAUGAGUUUACUGAGGCUUCAUUCUCUCACUUUCUCGUUCUGUUUUCCUGAGUAGAGAAACAAACAUCCAUAGGUUGAACCUCCAGCUCACGAAGUCUCCAGAGCCACCGCACCGCACCGCUCUAAGAGUCCUUGUAUCCUUGUAGUAGGCAAGAUGAGGGAGAGGCAGCGAUGUCGCAGCUCGUCACGCCAGCAGCGGGAGCACUGCCGCCAGCUCCAACCGCGCAGGCUUCCGCGGGAGCUUCUGCUCGGCGCGCUGCUGCUGGCUGCUCUGCUGCUCCACUCCGGCAUUGUUAACGGCUUGCACUGGAAAUAUACGCAAGUGCGUGCGAUAGAGGACCUGCGGCUUGCAAUGAAUACCGGUGGACAGACCUUUAACCCGCUGGGGUGGAAUGCAAAGGACGACUGCAGGAUGGCUCAAGUGCUGCGUUGUGAUACCCAGGGCAUGGUUACCAGCAUGAACCUGGCUGGUGCUGGCAAGCUCGGCUCCAUCCCUUCCAGCAUAGGGGCCCUCUCGCGACUCACCUCCGUUGUGCUUCGAGGCAACGCAUUCAGCAACCAGCUCCCAGGAUCGCUCAACAGCCUUACGAAGCUCGUGCAGCUUGACCUGUCCGACAACACCUUCAGUGGGAUCAUUCCCUCUUUUAGCAGCUUGAUCGCACUCACGUACCUCAACUUGUCCAGAAACAGCCUUGCUGGACCCAUCCCUGACUGCUUCGACAACCUCGCCAGCCUCCAAACCAUUGACCUGUCGACCAACCAGCUCUCUGGCUCGUUACCCGCGUCUAUGAGCAGCUUGGGCGCCCUUAAAACGUUUCGUGCGGAUGAUAACUACUUGUCCGGCAAGGAUCCCCCCUUUAGUGUAUGCGGCUGGUACAGCUACAAUGCGAGCAAUGGCUGCGUGGAUGCGAGCGCGGUGGCCAUUGCCUUGAACUGCUUUGACAGCCCGUACAGCAUGGGCCAGCAGCAGCGCGAAGCCGACCAGUGCACCGCCUUCUGUGGCAUCGAGCCCCGGUCCACGUCAGCUUGUGGCGGCCACGGGUACUGCUAUUGGGAGGGGAGUGGUGCCUCUGCGCAGGGCAAGUGCGUGUGCGAGGAAGGGACUUCCUACGUGGGGGAUCGUGGGGCAUGUGUUACCAGCACCGGCACUCCAUGGGAUGCUUCCCAAUUGCCUUUUCUGAAGGAACUGAGGAACUCCUGUGAUCAGUCUUUAGGUUGGGAGGAUGGGGAUGACUGCAAGACUGCUAAAUAUCUUACUUGUGAUGAUGACGGCAUGAUCACGGGAUUGUUAAAUUUGACUGACGCUGGGCUCAUUGACAGCAUUCCUUCAGCGCUCUUCACUCUUCCACGCCUCACCCAAAUUAUCGUAAGCAGCGACGAGUACCUGAGUUGUUCUCUUCCACAGAGCAUCAGUCUGCUAACCGACCUUGUAGGGCUAGAGUUGUCUAUCGUUAAUCUCGCCAACGGCAUUCCUACAGAGCUCUUCACUCUUACAAGCCUCACCCGCAUAAAGAUGGAGGGCCACUUUGGAGAGUUUGGUUCUAUUCGAGAGCCCAUCAGUAUGCUUACCAACCUUGUAGAGCUAGAGUUGUCAAAGGCUAUUUUCACUGGCGGCAUACCCUCAGGGCUCUUCACUCUUCCAAGCCUCACCCGCAUUGUCUUUUACGACGCGCGCCUUUCGGAUUCACUACCUGCAGCCUUAUCCACAAUGAAACACCUCAAGCAUCUGGAUCUCAGGUAUAAUCACUUCGUCGGCCCUUUUCCUGACGUCAAAGGCUUAACCAGCCUAACGUACCUAGACCUCGCUUACAACUUCUUUGCAGGAACGAUUCCAAUGACGGCUAGUAUGAGCAGCUUGAAAAACCUCGAUUUAAACUUCAACUUCUUUACGUCUGGGACCAUUGAGGAUCACAUCUGUAACCAGGCCAAUGUGGCGGACGCCAGCAACUGCUUGAACCCGUACGAUGUGCCGUGCCAGCAGGACGACUCGCAGCUACAGGAUUGUUCUAUCUUCUGCGGGAUGGAUGCAUCCUCCUCCAUCCCCCCUUGUGCCGGCCGCGGGUACUGCUACGGAGAGUUCCUGAACGCACCGUGGUGGGAGCAGAGCGAGAUGCAGUGCCAGUGCCUGGGUGGUUACACCCAGGAGUUGACUAGCGGGUCCUGUGUUCCCACGCUGGAGAGCUCUCAGGUUGACGUGCUGAGCGGCCUGCUGGGUCUGUGGGGCUCAGCGCCUAACCCAAUCUGGAAGAACGAAACCCUGGACACCGUCAUGCCACGCGUAGUCGCUGUUGAUGCCGAACAGUUUAUCAUUAAUCUUGACUUAUCAAAUCAAAGCCUGAAUGGAACCAUCCCAUCCAUUUUGUCAACGCUUGCUCGCCUCACACAUCUAAACCUGUCACGCAAUGAGUUUUCAGGAGCCGUCCCUAAGUUUCUUAGCAGCCUACUGAGAAUGGAGACCUUGGACUUGUCCUACAACCAGCUGUCUGGGCCGGUUCCAUCCUUCCUCAGAACCCUACGGCGCCUUGAGACCUUGGAUGUGAGCAACAACUAUCUCUUCUCCGGCAGUCUCCCCACCACCAUGUGCACCUCAUCAGUUCUGCAAAACCUCUCCUUGCGGAGCAACUGCCUCCCAACAGACGCCAUCCCCUGUGCCCUCGACCACACCCAGCGUCUCCCUGAAGCUUGCUCCGCUUUCUGCGGCUUCUCUUCUCCCUCCACCCUGCCCUGUUCCGGUCGCGGAUACUGCUACUGGGACGGGGGGAAAGAGAAAGACACAGCCAUGUGCGCGUGCGAGGAGGGGUACGGGACUGGAGUUCUCCCUGGAACGUGUGCUCCCCUGCUCUCACAAAUGGAAUGGGCUGUAUUGGAUACUCUAACAGCUGCAUGGGGCGGCUUCGACGGCGACGGCACAUGGAAGAGAGACAUCCCUUGCGGGCGCAUGCACUACGUCACAUGCGAUCCAGACAACCGUGUCGAGCAGCUCAAUGUCUCGGGGCUGGGCAUCCGGGGAUUCAUUCCAGACGCCAUCAGUGGCUUGGCGAGCUUGACUGUGCUAGAUUUGUCGCAGAACUACUUAUCAGGUGCACUGGUGCAAGGCCUUAGCACUCUAUUGAACCUCGAUACUCUGAAUCUCAGCAACAACUACCUCUACUCUGGCACCCUUCCCAAGGCAACGUGCGAUGCCCUGAAUCUCUCCCUGCAGUCCAACUGCUUCAACUCCAGCGCCAUGCCAUGCGCCCUCACCCACAUCCAGCGCUCCCCCCAACAAUGCUCCACCUUCUGCGGCCUUUCCCCUCCCUCCACCUCGCCCUGUGACGGCCGCGGUGACUGCUACUGGAAGAAGGGGGAGGAGACAGGCACUGCCACGUGUGCAUGCGAGGAGGGGUACGGGAAUGGAGCUGAUCCCCGCACAUGCAUCAACUUAUUGCCAGAACUGGAAUGGCUCGCUCUAGGCGCGCUGAAAGUGGCCUGGGGUGGCUUUGAUGGUGAAGGCACUUGGGAUCAGAACACCUCGUGUGUGCGGAUGAAGCAUGUCAAGUGCAACGAGGACAACCACAUAGUGGACCUGAAUGUUUUUGGGCUAGAAAUAGCAGGAUCCAUUCCAAGCGACAUCCAAGGCCUGUCACACCUCACAUCACUCAAUGUGUCCAACAACGCUAUAGCGGGGCGUAUCCCAGACUCCAUCAGCCGCCUCACGAAGCUUAAGCUCUUGGACUUGUCACACAACCAACUGUCAGGAGCUUUACCAAGUGGGCUGAACAACUUGCAAGGGCUCAAUGGCACGCAAGGGUUGCUGACACUGUCCGUCCACAACAACUACCUCUACUCCAGCAGUCUGACCACAACCAUGUGCAGCUCACUAGCACUGAAACUCUCCCUGCAGAACAACUGCUUCGACUCCAGCGCCAUGCCCUGCGCUCUCACCCACACCCAGCGCCCUGCUGUGAAUUGCUCUGCCUUUUGCAGCCUCAAACCCCCCACCCCGCCCUGUCCAGGCCACGGCUAUUGCCUCUGGAAAGGUGGGGAAGGCACAGGCACUGCCACGUGUUCGUGUGGGUCAGACUAUACAAGGAAUGGCACUCUUAAAACCUGCGACGGCCUUCCCUCGGAUUCAGAGUGGGCUGCACUGGAAGCACUGAAAAUGGCCUGGAGGACGUUUACAGAGUUUAGCACGUGGAAGAAGGAUGCCAAAUGCGGUGACAUGAAGCACAUCACCUGUGAUGCUGACAACCACAUCGUCCACCUGGAAGUGACAGAAGCUGAAGUUCCCGGAAGCAUUCCAGCGCUUAUUGGGAAUCUUAUCUAUUUGACCGCAUUGAAACUUUCUGGAAACCACUUCCGUGGCUCCCUUCCAUCGACAGUUGGACAGCUUACCAAUCUGGUCGAGUGGGAUCUGCGUUACAACUCGUUCACGGGUAGCCUUCCCAAGUCGAUCUCAGCAAUGCAACGACUGGAGACGUUGGAUUUUGAUGGCAACUCGUUCAAAGGCCAUAUCCCAGAAGGAAUCUGUAGCAUGACAAACGUUACCAAGUUUACGAUCGCAGGGAACUCCUUUGAUGGGCCCAUUCCUGGCUGCGUCUCAAACUUAGCAAGCCUUAAAAUAUUGGACAUGAGCUACAAUCGUAUGUCCGGGAAGCUGCCUUCUUUACGGUCAUUGAAAAAACUCGGUUAUCUGGAUCUGAGUAACAACCGAUUCUCGGGGAGCAUACCUUCUGAUAUUUCAACCUUGAAGGCUCUCCGCAGCGUGAACCUGGACUACAAUAAGCUCAGUGGAGUCCUUGUGCCGCUGUCACCAAUCGUUGCACUCAGUGCGCGUUACAACUAUCUCUCUGCUGCAAACUCAUUGUCCUGCAAGAAUGGCCGUCUUGCAAACAACUGCCUUCUCAAGAAGAAGCGCAUUUGCUCAAAGUUUCCCCAGCGGCCCAUGAGAGAAUGCACCCCGUUCUGCGGGCUCUCGAGAAAAAGCCAUCCCUGUGGGGGCGUCGGCGGCUGUGUUUUGGUUGGAAGGGGCUGAGGACACGCCUUCGUGCUCCUGUAAUGACAGAACAAAGAUACCUCAAGGAUGCCAACCUUAUAUCGUCUAUGGUCACCCUCACCACAGAACCCUCGAGUAAACCCUUCUUUUAUAAGACCCCCAUCAAGCUCUUCUCGUUUACAACCAUCCAAGAUGAGUGCGGCCGCGGUUCUACUUCAGUGCCAGCUUUGCCUUCAUGAUGACUCCGAAGCUCGGUGGCAGUGACGGCAACGGGCUCGCGUUUGUCAUCUCGGCCUCAAAGGCGAGCGGGGCCUCUGCUCCGUUCAAGAACGGCACCAGCCGUGGAGUGGGGUAUGCAGGGAUGGACCAGCGCAGCAUUGCUGUUGAGUUUGACACGUGGCUGGAUAAGCAGGACAGUGACACCAGCACCCAGCAUGUUGGGGUCAACCUGGAAGGAAUUCCCAAUUCCAAAAAGACCGCAAACACCUCGGGUGUGCUUAAUGACGGGAAGAUGCACUUUGCAUGGGUGGACUACACCCCCGGUGAUCCAGAGAGCUUGAAGGUGUUUCUUGAUCCUGUCUUCAACACCAAGCCGGCCAAACCCGUGCUGAGCAUGAGCAUCUCACUCUGCAAUCUCCUUCAGCCCACACGGAAAUCCUCCUCCUACUACUUCGGCUUCGUGGCCGCAUCAUCAGCCGAGCAUGCGCAGGAGCAUGUUGUGGGAAUGGCAAUCGUUUCCAGAGGGUAUACUGAAACCCCAUCACAACAGUCAGAAGGCAGAACCACCGGAUUUGAGUUGGAUGUCGAUACAUUCCGCCCCAGCACCACAAGCCCGUUCACGCGCUAUGUGAGCGUGGGGUACGCCCCAUCGCAGGACGGGCAGGACUCGUGGAACAUCCCCUCCCGCUCUACGUGGACCAUUGACCCGACAUGGGUGGCACGGGACCAGGGCGAUUGCAGCGACUGCUGGGCGUAUGCAGUGGUGGCGAGUAUAGAGGCAGCACACGGCAUCGCCAACAACGACAAGACUUUCCCGUCGCUCUCUAUGAAGUCCCUCUUCAACGCCGCCAAGAUGGCUUACUGCGAGAGUGGCUCACCCACCCUCGCCUUUCAGAAACUCAUCGCCAGCAAGCAGGGUCUGCUGGUGGCUUCUUCCCAGGAUUCCUCGUCGUUCUCUUUCCCUCCUUCUUCCAUUCGCUCCUCCUCCCUUUCCUCCUCGUGGUUCUCCUCAAUCAAAGCAGCGCGGCACAGUCCCUCUCUUGGCAAGAUUGCUAUUCAUCGUCACCCUAAUGCAGCAGUAGCAGCAACGCCACCUUCGAAGAGUUACCUGGUGGCUGGGUUUGAGAGGACGGUAUUCAAGGGCUACUUUGGCCUCAUACUUGCAGUACGGCAGCAGCCUGUGGUGGUUCACAUCGAGGCCACUGCCGCCUCUUUCAAUGCUUACAAUGGGUCAUUUAGGUACGACGAGGCUGACUGCUACAUGGGCAACCUCAACCACGUUGUACUCGUUACAGGCUACCUCCUCAUGGCCACUGAUAAGGACCGGCCACGCAUUCCUCCGCCCUUCUGGAGGAUCCGCAACUCGUGGGGCACGGAUUGGGGGGAGAAGGGGUACAUGCACAUGGGAAUAUUUCCAGGGGAUGGCAUCUGUGGCAUCAACGUGCUGCCUGGCAUCUACCCUGUCAUCAGAAAAUCGGUGACGAAUCGUUUAUGAAACCCUGUGGCAGCUUCAAGUGCACCGUAGAGGACACCUCCAACGGCUGUGAAUGCAAGCCUCCAUUCGUCGAGGUCAAAAAUGGUGAUGGCUCUCGCUCCUGUGCCUAUGUUGAUGCGUGUGGCGCCAGCAUGCAGAACCCAUGUGAGGUGGGCUCGUGCAUCAACGAUGAGAAGGGCUCCUACACCUGUGUGUGCCCUCCCACGUAUACUAAAGACACCACCAUUGAUGGACUCCAGACUUGCUCCAGAGGUUCGGACGUCGCUUCCAAGCUGACAGUGAAUGGGAUCAACUGGCGGUGUGACGACGUGCAUUCUCUCUUUGGGCUCACACUGGACGAGUUCACUCACAAUAACAAGGACGUGAACUGCGUGGCUCCCCUCAAAGCGAACACAGUGCUCGACAUGACAAAGCCGGGUGUGACUGCGUGCUCUGCCUUCUACUACACACUACCAUCGGACACAUGUGCUUCUGUCAAUGCGUUCCUCAACUUAAAAACCUCCUUGGAAACUCUCAACCCGAUCUACAAACUCUCAACCCUUGAUACUAGAUAUGUGUAGAUAGAGCUAUAUGUUUGUUGAUACAACCCCUUGGAAACUCUCAACUCUCAACUCCUUGGCCUUAGCUGCUCCUCAACUCUCAAAGUAUCCCGAUCGCUGUGUGUCGAGCGUAGCAAAACAGCUCUGUUUCCUGUAAGCAAGUGCCUCAAGACUACCGUACUAACGACUGUGGAAGACUGUACGAAGGCAGGGAGUGCCCCCGGGGGUGGCAUCUCGAUGGUGGAGCUCUACCGGAUGAACCCGGGGCUCGUGUGCGAUCCUGCCAAGGGGCUCAGGGGCGAUGCGACUGGAAGCAUGAAACUGGAGGUUUGCGUGGAUGCAGAAUAUCUGGACUACUCGGCUGGUAGAUGCACCGGAGGCAAAACAAAGUACUUCAAAGUUGAUACUAAGUGUGUUGUCAUCCUAGCCAAAGAAUUCAAGGGUAACCAAGCUGAUUUUGAAAGGUAUAACAAAAGGAAAUGUGCCACUACUGUAGGGGGGAAGCCUGGGAAUGAGAAGGCUCAGGAACAAGUGCCUAUAUGUAUACCACCCUAGUGAAAACUUUGUUCCCAGUGCAUAAUGUGAUGUUAUGGUGUUUAUUCAUCAUGUUCAUUAGGUUUCUGAAUUACAG